AUGUACUCUACGACAGUUGAACCGACGCCAGUACCAACCAGCGAGCUCAUCCUGCCACCACCUGAGCCACUGGUACCCCAGCAAUGCUACUCCUUCCCUGCAGACUUCAUGCUUGGCGUGGCGGCAUCAGCGGUUCAAAUCGAGGGAGCCGUCGCAGAUGAGGGACGGACACCCGUUCACAACGACGUUGCCGCGUUGAACAACCCGGGCCAAGCGCCGAACUGGAUCGCGAACGAACACUACUACUUGUACAAGCAAGACAUUGAACGAAUUGCUGCCAUGGGCAUCAAGUAUUACAGAUUCUCCAUUCCUUGGACGCGAAUUCUGCCUUUCAUCUUACCAGGCACACCAGUUAACAAGCAAGGUCUCUCGCACUACGACGAUCUUAUCAACUUCGUCUUGGAAAAAGGCAUGCACCCCGCUGUUAUGCUUUACCACAACGACUCUCCUUUCCAAUAUUUCAACAACAUCAGCGAUGUAUUUAUCAAGCCCGGAACCGGAGGUAUUGGCUAUCUGGACUCUUGUUUCCAAUGCAGCUACAAGAAUGUGUCGUGGGAGGAUGCUUUCGUCGAAUACGGAAAGAUUGUCAUGACACAUUUUGCUGACCGUGUGCCAAUCUGGUGGACCUUCAACGAGCCUCUCCUAGGUGCGCGGAACGGAAAGUCUAUUGAUGCUGUCAUCAAAGCUCAUGCAAGACUCUACCACUUCUACCACGAUGACAUUGGUGGAACUGGAAAGAUGUCGCUCACAUUCAACGACAACUUUGGCGUCCCACGCAACCCGGAUGACCCCGCUGACGUCGACGCUGCCAACCACUUCAACUCCUUCCAGCUAGCUACCUUUGCCAACCCUAUCUUCCUCGGAACAGACUACCCGGAAUCAUUCAAGAGUAGUGUUGACGACUACGUACCGUUGAGCCAAGAAGAUCUACAAUACAUCAACGGCACUGCAGACUUCUUCUCGAUCCAACCGUACACUGCCACAGUAGUCAGUCCACCACCGAAUGACACCAUCGCUGACUGCGCUGCCAACAUCACUCAUCCCCUCCGACCUUACUGCGUAACUCAGAGCACUCUCACCACCACUGGCUGGGACAUCGGAUACCGCAGUCAAUCAUAUGUCUAUCUGACACCCAGCUAUUUCCGCACCUACCUGAAUUAUCUCUGGAACACAUGGCGUUCUCCAGUGGCCGUCACUGAAUUCGGCUUCCCUGUUUUCGCCGAGGCGCAAAAAGAGCAAGCAGACCAGGAGUUCGACAGCCCAAGGAGCUGGUACUACCAGACGUAUCUGAACGAAGGCCUGAAGGCGAUCUGGGAAGACGGUGUCAAUUUCAUUGGCGCGUUUGCUUGGUCGUGGGCCGACAACUGGGAGUUUGGUGACUACGACCAGCAGUUUGGUAUCCAGACUGUGAACCGCACGACGCAAGUGCGAAGGUACAAGAAGAGCUUCUUUGACUACGUAGACUUUAUCGAGAGUAGGAGACAGGCGGCGUAG